CCGUUAACACCUUGUACCUUGUACAAACGUAAACAUGUCAUUUGUCUUCAUCAACAUUAUACUUGUGAUUAUGUGUUACGCAUUGUAUAGAUAUAGACGGAGAAGAGUGCAUGAAUUAGCGGAAAACAUACCGACUCCUCCCGGUGCAUCUUCUGUGUUUGGAGCCCUGAAAUAUUCCAUUUUGGGACGUGAUAUAAUAUUACCGCUGAUAGUAGAGUACAGCCAAUAUUCACUGAAAACUGGAUGUGGGAUCAUAAGAUUCAUGACAGAUCCUCAUUUGUUCGUUGGUGUAACAGAUCGAGUUGCUGCUGAGUAUAUAUUAAAAAACUGUCUCGAAAAAGAUAAUGUCACGAAUUUAUUUAAAGAGGUCAUUGGAGAUGCCGGUAUCUAUGCACCAGUUUCUACGUGGAUACAUCGACGAAAAAUGCUCAUACCAGCCUUUGGUCCUAAAAUUAUUAAAAGUUUUGUAAGCAUCCAGGCUAGACAGGGACAGGAGCUGUCGGAGCAAUUGGAAAGAGACGGCCGAGUCGGUUCUGGAGAGUUUAGCAUUUGGCCUUACAUCAAUGCUUACACAUUAAGUUCUAUCGCAGAAACAGCGUUAGGUGUGAAAUUGGACGCUCUGCGAGAUCCAAACAUUCCCUUCCUCAGAGCAAUUCAAGAUGUUCUAUGUUUGAUGUCAAGUAGAUUAUUAAAAUUUUGGUUGUGGCCCCAAUUUAUAUAUAGAUUUACCAACUUACACGCAGAUAUACAAAGCUCGAAAACUUUAUUAUAUAGUUUACCGGAUAAGAUAAUCAAAGAAAAACGGGAAACACUUUACAACAAUGACACCAAAUUUAUAAAGGAAAAGCAAGCAAUUUUCGGGCAAGGGCAGGAUACUAAAAGUUUCUUAGACCACCUUAUAAUAUUAUCUAAAGAAGAUAAUAGACUGAGUGAUGAGGAACUGAGGGAGGAGAUCUUGGUGAUGAUGUUAGCUGGCACAGACAGCUCCGCAGUAGCUAUAAGUUACACGCUGGUGUUAUUGGCGAAAUAUCCUGAAAUACAAGAAAAAUUGUACAAUGAAAUCAAAAAUCAUUUUGGAAAUAGUGAUCGCCCCAUGCAGUCAGAAGACUUACAAGUACUUGAAUAUUUAAAUAGAGUGGUUAAGGAAUCUAUUCGUCUUUUCCCACCAGUUCCAGUUAUUAUAAGAAAGGCUGGAGAAGAGGAAGUACAUCUUCCCUCAGGCAUGAUUCUGCCUCGUGGAACGAGUAUUGUCAUUUCUUUUUGGGGCAUAAAUCGUGACCCAAAACAUUGGGGACCUACUGCUGAUUGUUUUGACCCAGACAGAUUCUCUGAUGACCAAUUGGUAAACUACGCUUCGUUUAGCUUGGGUCCUCGGAAUUGCAUCGGUUACAAGUACGCUCUGCAGUCCGUGAAAAUAGCAGUUGCCUCCAUAAUCCGUCGUUACAAAGUCGUGGGAGAGCCAGAGAAAGGAUCAGUGCCUACAAUAGAUAGUACAUUCUCCAUUAUGAUGAGAGCUAAAGACGAUUUUAAAAUUGCUUUGGAGAAAAGAUAGCAACUAUAGAUAAAUUAAUCAAAUAUAUUUAUCUAAUAAAUAC